AUGUUCGACGUCGAACUGGCGUCAAUACCGCUGUGGCACCUUACGCGGCCCGGCCAACACAGCGACAAGUACUGGAUCACGACGUUCCCGAAGAAGCUUCGGUAUCCACUGCACCGCGAGGCCGGGGUCUACGUGAAGCCGACCAUCGGAUGGGGCAUACGGGUCAAUGAGGCCCUCAACUUGCAUCACUUCCUGUUUCUCAUACUCGUGGUGAUUGUAUUCAUUGGCGUAAUCAUGGGCAUCUAUUUGGCGUGCACGGCGGACGAUUCUUCUGCAUUUGGAUUGGCGGCGUUUCUCGCAGCAGCUUCCGCGAUUUAUAUCCCUUACCAGUAUUUUGCUUGGAAGGAGAAGCUUGAAUAG